UCAUGGAAGCAGUAUCCGAACUACAUCAUCAAGUUAGUUUCCGUCGCGCAACCUUGGCAGACAGGGAGAAGGUUCGUGAAUUUUUAGCGCAUUCCUUCUACCCCGAAGAACCGGUGACGAUAUCUUACAUCGGCGGUAGUGAAGUCACCCCGGAUGACAUGGAAUUUUGCCUAUCACUCAUUGCGGAAGGAUUCGUUUUGCUGGCGUUGGUCGGAGGUGAAGAUCAACUUGUUGGCAUCUCUGGGGCUGGAGUCAUCGAUUCUGACGAAUCCGAAAAGUUGAAGGACAUUGCAUUGAAGACGGAAACAACGAAAUUCGGUGAAAUACUGCGUAUGUUAAGUUACGUAUGCGAACAAGCAAAUGUUUGUCAGCGAUUCGGAAUUUCGGAAGUCUAUCAUCAGCAUUAUCUGGCAGUUGAUUCUAAAUUUCGCGGAAAGGCGCUCGGUAAGCUGCUAAUGGAGAAACAGUUUGGCAAAGCUAGAGACCUUGGAUUGCGCGUGGUGACAACCGAUGCUUCUGGAGUCUAUUCAUCAAAUCUGUGCGAAAAGCUGGGUAUGCAGUGUGUGUACUCUCUUGCAUAUAAUGAGUACCGGAAUGAACUAGGCCAGCAGGUGUUUAAAAGUAGUGGACAACACAAAGAGAUUAAAACAUUUGCAAAGCAAAUUGAGUGAAAAUGGAAAAUGUUUCUUCUUCAAACUAGGAAUAUGAUGAGAAAACAUUCACCUUUCUCGUACAACAAGCGUUAUUAUUGUGAUAAAUAGUUUAUUUCUUAAUAUAAUAUUACUCCGCGUCUAAAAAAUAAAUAAAUAAAACACGGAUGACUUUCACAUGAACGGCAUCACUGCUGCAGGCUUACGAAGA